GAUAAAAGUUUCUAAAUUUGUUGUUCUCUUUCUCUAUAACUCCCGAUCUUUGAAAGGGUCAAAGUUUUCAAAGUUCUAAUAGUCUUUGUAUUACUACCUUCUCUGUCUCAUCUGUAGCCUCAGAAUUAAUAUCUGUACUCUUUAGCCUUAGACUUGAUUCGUUUCUACUCUCUAUAUAAACAACCGUACUCUCUCUACACACACAGCAGAAAAACUUACGUAUAGAAGCUGCAAUUAUUUUGUUGUGGAUAUCAUCAUCACGACAGUAAUUUCCUCCAUUGUUUCUUCAACAUUUCAUUGUAAACUUUCUUAGAGUGUUGCUUCCAUGGUGGUCAAGGGUGAGUAUGAACGUUCACUGGAGCACACUCCAACAUGGGCUGUUGCGGUGGUCUGCUUUGUGUUGGUUGUUAUUUCUCUCUUCAUUGAACAUAUCAUUCAUAUCAUUGGAAAGUGGCUAAAAAACAAACACAAGUUAACUCUCUACGAAGCACUUGAAAAAAUCAAAACAGAGCUUAUGAUAUUGGGAUUCAUAUCCUUGUUCUUAAUAGUGUUUCAAGCGCAAAUUACUAAUAUAUGUAUACCCAAAAGUGUUGGAGCCACUUGGCACCCCUGUAAAGAUGAGUACAAGGAAGAGACAGAUUCCCAGGAUAAAGGACGGAAACUACUACAACUUUUGGAUUCUGGUUUCGGUUCACGAAGAAUAUUAGCUGCAAAAGAAAUUGACAAAUGCACAGAAGAGGAUGAAGUCGCGUUGGUGUCUAAAUUAGGGAUUCACCAGCUCCAUAUAUUCAUUUUUGUGUUAGCUGUUGUUCAUGUGCUCUAUUGCAUCACCACCUUGGCUUUGGGCAGAACUAAGAUGAGAAAAUGGAAGGUUUGGGAGGAAGAAACAAAGAAACCUGAAUAUCAAUACUAUCAUGACCCACAAAGGUUUAGGUUUACAAGGGACACAUCAUUUGGGCGAAGACAUUUGAACUUCUGGAGCAAGUCAACAAUUUCCCUUUGGAUAGUGUGUUUCUUCCGACAAUUCUUUAUGUCAGUUAACAAGGUUGAUUACCUUACAUUGAGACAUGGAUUUAUCACUGCACAUUUGGCACCAGAAAGUGAAACAAAAUUUGAUUUCCGAAAGUACAUUAGCAGAUCACUUGAAAAGGAUUUUAAAGUUGUGGUGGGGAUCAGUCCAAUCAUAUGGUUCUUUGCGUUGUUAUUCUUCCUGUCCAACACAUAUGGAUGGCAUUCUUAUUUAUGGCUACCAUUUCUCCCAUUGAUUAUAAUACUCCUGGUGGGGACAAAGCUACUAGUGAUAAUUACACAAAUGGGGCUAAAAAUUCAAGAGACAGGAGAUGUGGUUAGAGGUGAACCUGUGGUGCAGCCAGGUGAUGACCUCUUCUGGUUUGGACGCCCCAAGUUCAUUCUCUUUCUCAUUCACUUGGUUCUUUUUCAGAAUGCAUUUCAAUUGGCCUUCUUUGCUUGGAGUACGGUUCAGUUUGGCUUGAGUAAUUGCUUCCAUAGUCGCACUGAAGAUAUCGUCAUCAGAAUCUCAAUGGGGGUCAUCAUACAAGUUGUAUGUAGUUAUGUGACUUUGCCUCUCUACGCUUUGGUGACUCAGAUGGGAUCUAGUAUGAGUUCUACCAUUUUUAAUGAUCAGCUGGCAACAGGAUUAAAAGAUUGGCACCGCACAGCCAAAAAGAACGCUAAACAUAGCAAUCAUACUGAGACUAAAUCACCCAUUUCAAGUACUCCCUCAACUCCCACACGUGGCACGUCCCCGGUUCACCUCUUGCACAACUAUCACCAUAGCAGCCAUGAUAGCUUGCAUCCAUCUCCAAGAAGGUCCCAUGUCAGAAAUGAUCGUUGGGACAAUAAUGAGAGUCACUCGAGUAGGCAUUUGGAGCAAGAAAAGCCGGAAACUCAAGAGCCAAGCUCAUUGCAGUUGCCAUCAGCUCCACCAGAUCAUACACAACAUGAAAUCAACAUUAGUUCGUCUUUUGCCUUCAGGAAAUGAGUAAGCCAAUGUAGAUCGGAUCAUAGGAGAAUAUCGCUUACUUAUAACAUGGUGUGCAUGGUUAGAGCGAGCUCCUACAGACUAAACCAAGGUUUUGUAUCUAUAAAUAGCAUCACUUUUGUGAAGUACAACAAUUCUGCAUAAUAGCAUUUAGUUUAAAUA